AUGACUCGCACGAAAUCGAGGCUCCAAAUCGAGGGCUGUCUCGCUGCCAGUCUAGCCUUUCGUCGUAGCUGUGCUUUGGAUCAGGAUUUGUACCAGCCGUACGAAGCUCAUGCCGAGCAAGCGUACCUCGCGAAGGAGGCUGAAAGGGCUGAAAGGGCUGAGAAGAAGAGGUUGGCCGGCGAAAGAAAAAGCAACAGAGAAGCGGAAGACGCGGCGAAGCCGUCAGCUUCGUCGGCAUCCGAGAUCGUUGUCGCGGUUUCAGUGCCAGGCAGAGUCUGGCGGGAGUCACCCGAAGUUGCUCAGGCCGAAGAAGACUUCAUCUGCUUCAAAAAAUCUGAGAAAGAGUCCCAAGAAGUGCCUUGGUAG